AUGAAGGCCUUAGACUUUGGAGUCGUCAUGCAGGAUCAACGUAUGGCCCCGCUUACUCAAUUCAUGGCAAGAAUGGCGCUUGAUGGGGAAAUAUCGCCUUUUCACUGCGAUGCGCUGAUGAUCUCGUCCUUGUACCGUGCCGCCUUGGCGCCCUUUUGCUGCGUUGAGGACGAGAGAGACUCUGCGUCAGUGUGCACCGCUGUUCUUCGCGACGUAUUUGCUGGCGCUGAAGCCGCACUGGAUGACACUGUGAAGUGUAGGGAACUGACGCCCGCUUUCAUCACGCGGAGUAGUGACGGAAGUGGCCUGCUCGCCGAGCGCCGCCUCAUUCUUCGGCUGAGGAGCCAGAAACGUAUGGUGCGCAGUGUUUCCUUGCGCACAGAAUCACACUAA